AUGGCAGCAGUCCCACUGGUUGUAGUUGUAAAGGAAGGUCCUUUAGAAAAAGCAAAUGUUGAUGUGAUCGCCUGCACUGUUGGGUCCUACGUGGAACUGACUGCUGGAGCUGCUUCCAAAGCUCUCAAUGCAGCCAGUGGCUACAAUCUUCAAAGGAUGAUGCAGAAAGCAAACAGCAAAAAGCCUUUUGAAAUUGGCGAAAUAGCUAUGCUUGACAUAGAUGUAAACAGCGGUCUCAAUUGUAAGAAAGUGUUCUUUGGGGCUCUGUAUUUUACUAAGUUCAGACAUGAGGAUAUGUUCAUCAAGAAAAAACAUGUUGACCAGUUGAAUGUUCAUGAAUUUAUGAUGCGAUGCCUUGAAAAAGCAGAUCGUCUUGAUCAAACUUCAAUUGCCUUUCCAGCGAUUGGCGCUGGAGGCAAGGGUUAUUUGGUUGACAUUGUUGCUGAACAGAUGUUUGAAACUGCAAGUCUUUUCAAACCCAAGAGGCGACUAAAAUCUGUGAUGUUUUUUGUUUAUGAAAAAAGUGCUGUACAGGCUUUCAAGAAAGCAGAAACAAAUUGUCAUUCUGCAAUAUCCGACACAAGACUUGUUCCAUCGAAACCAGUUGGCGAAGGCCCGAAAAUGAAAGAGUCUUUUACCAACACAGCAAGAAUGAGCGCAGGUGGUAAUGUUAGUCUACCACAAAUAGGACACGAAGUAAAGGAAGCAGCACUAGGAAUGCUUGAGGAUCAAGAAUGGGAAUUUUUCAAAUUGAAUUACAUGGACUUUUUUCCUGUAACCAUAGAUAAACUAAAAUUAAAAGAUAGAAUGUUAUAUGUACUCGGAACUGAAAAUGAGAUAGCAAACAUGAAAGAAACUUUGUUGGUCUUUGGAAGGAAAAUUAGAGAUUUACGGACGGAUCAAGUAAAUAUGACAGAUGAUGUCUACACUCUAUUGAAAGAUAAGAUUGAUAAAAGAUGUAAAGAGGAUCGCAUUCAAUGUGUGUUUGUAAAUAGCAUUCUAUAUAUUUAUGGAAGCUGGAGUACAAAUUUGCUUUUAAAGUUUAGAGAAGAUAUAUGUGAAAUGGCAAAACAAGCCUCAAUUUCUACAAAACAAAAUGCAAUGAAUACUAGAGAUGCAUUAAAAUCAAUGAGCUCUUCUAAUGAUCAAAGUCUUAAUGGCGCAAGACCGAAGCACUCUUUAACCGCACACCAAUCAGGAUUUCCUGAAGGAGCAGCUGAUUUUAGAGAAAUCAGAACAUCAGAGCGCAUCCGAGUGUGUGUGUACUCCUGUGAUAUAUUGAAGACACGUGUUGACUGUAUAGUAAAUGCAGCCAAUGGAAAUCUAAAUCAUGAUGCAGGAAUUGCACUUGCGAUUGUAUUGAAGGCAGGUCAUGCUUUGGAUGUAGAAGGACAGGCUUUAUUGAAAACAACGCGUCAUGGGUGUAUAGAAGUUGGAGAAGCUUGCCAUACAGGUGCGGGAAAUCUUCAAUACAAGUUUAUUAUCCAUGCUGUUGGGCCAAUGUGGUCAGAUUAUAAACCCUAUUCGGACAAAACAGUCAAAAUGUGUGAGGAAAAGCUUGAAAGUGCCAUCUUCAACAGUUUGACUAAAGCAGAAGAACUGAGAAUGACAUCGGUGGCUAUUCCAUCAAUCAGUUCGGGCGUGUUUGGUGUACCUAAACAAAUAUGUGCUGUAGCAUAUGCAAGAGCAGUUCGAGACUACAGUAAACUAUCACAGAAACCAUUACUAGAAGUCCAUUUUGUCGACUUAGAUGACAAAAUGGUGAAGUUAGUACAGGAUGCCUUCCGUGAAAUAAUAACGUUGAAUUCUUUGCCAUCUUGGUACAUUAUGAAAGAUAUUUUAAGGAGAACUGCAGGUAUGAGUACCCAAAGAAAAGCUGAAGAUCCAACACACAGUCCUAAAACCGACUCGCCACGCUCCUCUAAACCAGGUGGUUCUGGAACAAAGCCUGGUGGACUUUCGAACAAUACAGGAAAGUCUCCACACCAACGUGCAUCUACAGAUACUACCUUUUGCUUUGAAGAAGAAAUAUUUGGGACUUCAACAAGAGCACUAAAAUUUCACCUUUCGUCUACGCAGGUGUUGCAUGUGUACUCUGAAGACUUGUUGGGAACUACAAUGCCAAAGGUUGAUAUGCUUGUCUGUAGUGAUAACUUGAAAGCAACAGAAAAGGGCUACCUUGUUGGUACAUUACGUACCACUGCUGGUAAAAAAUACACAGAUGAGAAAGACAAAGCUUUCAAAAAGACUGGUCUUAAACAAGGAGAAGUUAUUGUUUGUAAUGGUGGUAAUACACGCUAUAAAUAUAUAGCUGUGGUUGUAAUGCAUGUAUUUAGCACCUCGGUUCCAAAGUCAGAAAAAAAGAUGAAAUAUCUUGCAUUAUACAGGAAUAUAUUUAAGACAGCUGUUGAAAAAGGCAUCAGAUCUGUUGCUCUAUCUGCCUUAGGAACAGGAUCGGGAACUAUGAAACCUGAGCAUUCAAUAGUAAACUUCGCAGAAGGAUUGCUAGAUUUCUUCACAAAAAACAAGACACACAAAUUGUGUGUUCAUUUUGUAAAUAAGAAAACAGAAAUAAACAGCCUUGCUAAGACUUCGAUACAGCAGACGUGGAAUAUGCGCCCUAAACAGCAAGUGAAUAUUGGAGCACCAGGCCAUGCAAAAUCUUCAGAUGCGAGGUCAGAAAUUAAUGAAAAUUCAAUGUUUCAAGAUCAAAUGUCUAAUCCCCAAUUGAGAAAGCCGAGCAAUGACAGCUCGACAACAAAUAACUUGAAGGAAAAUGUUGACGGUAAGAACAUAAAUCAAAGGAGAACAUCAACUUUUGCAAGAUCAAUGAGUAUUCCUUCUACUGUGUCUGCCGAACAUAAGACUGAUUCAAACCCAAAACGUUUCUCUGCCUCUUUGAUGGUUCAACAUGGAAACUUUGACCCCACUAUGCUGGCAUUCCAAAUAUCAAAGGGCGGUGGUGGUGGCAAUCUUCCAAUGUUUGAAACUAAUGAUAAUCAAGCUGCUAAUGGAAAAAACAUGCAACCAACAGAUCCUGUAUUAAAUAAAACUGAUAGACGUGAGACAACGCCCCCUCAUAUUUCAUCUUCAGGCGGUGACAUGCAUUCAUUAGGCAUGGAGCAGUCUAAGGAACACAUGCCAGGCCCAGACGACAAUUGUGUCAUAUGCAUGGACAAGUUGAAAAACCCAGAGAUGUUAAAAUGUGGACAUGCAUUUUGUAGUGAUUGCAUAAAACAACAGUUUGUUUACAAAGAAGCUUGUCCGGCAUGCGGGACUGUUUGCGGUGUUAUCAAAGGCGAUCAACCAGACGGGACAAUGGAAGUGUGGACAAAUGAAACAGAACACUGUGCUGGGUUUGAUAGGUGUGGGAGGAUUGAAAUAACCUACAAUUUUCGCAAUGGUACACAAAACAGUAGUCAUCCAAACCCUGGCAAACCAUACAAAGGCAUUCGGCGUACAGCCUAUUUGCCGAAUAAUAGUCGCGGAAGAAAGAUAGCUGAGAUGCUGCGUGUUGCUUUUGAGCGAAAGCUAGUGUUUACAAUUGGUAGCUCCCGGACAACUGGAAAAGAGGAUGUCAUAACGUGGAAUGAUAUACAUCACAAAACUGACCACAAGCCCAAUACUCAAUUUGGCUACCCAGACGACACCUACCUUGACCGAGUUACAGACGAACUGAAAGUUAAGGGAAUAACGGAGGAUGACAUUCCGCAGAUUUCAUCAAAAAGACGAUAAUAGUGGCAUCUGGUUAUUACUGAUACCUGCAAAUGAUUUGUUUACUUUAAAUUAAGGGGCUGGUAUCAGCAAUUUACAGGGUGUUUUUCUUUUGCAAAACGCCAUUUUUAUGCCUGCUUUCGAAGAAAAGGGGUUAUAUAGUUUUCGCACUGUCCGUCUGUCUGUCUGUCUGUCUGUCACACUUUCGUGUCCGCUCUCUUUUUCAAAUACUUUUCAUCCAAUCUUUACCAAACUUCGUCAGAAGUUGUAUCGAGACAAUAUCUAGGUCGAGUUUGAAUAUGGGUCAUGCCGGGUCGAAAACUAGGUCACGGGGUCACUUAGUGCAUUUCAAGGAUUUAGCAUGGUAAAAUACUCAUAACUUCUAUCAAAGCGUUGGCUAUAACUUUUGCAUUAUUGAAGAUAGACACUUGAUAUUUGGCAUGCAUGUGUAUCUCAUGAAGCUGCACAUUUUGAGUUGUGGAAGUUCAAGGUCAUCCCUUAAGAUCAAAGGUAAAAAAAAAAAAACAUUUUCAAAGCGACUUUCUCAUGAAGCUGCACAUUUUGAGUGUUGGUAGUUCAAGGUCAAGGUCAUCCUUCAAGGUCAAAAGUAAAAAAAAUGUUUCAAAGCGGCGCAAUAGGGGGCAUUGUGUUUCUGACGAACACAUCUCUUGUUUCAGUUGAAAACGCUUAUUUAAUAUUGAACAAUGUGAAUUGAUUCAUUUGAAAAUGCAUUUUGAAUGAAGAUUCUUUGAGCAAUUAAAACACAUUUAUGAAAUAUUGUGUUACAUAAAUUACAAUAAUUUCUAGAUGUUGUAAUCCUAAGCCUUCAAAAUUCGAUUUUCUUAUUUAAAAAAUAAGUUUUUUUGUGGGUUAUUUUGUGAAGUUUUAACGACAUGUUUUGUAAUUGUAAUCAAAUGCUUCUGCGUGCUCUAUAUAAUUCUUUUCAUGGUGCAUAUUCCUAUGCAUACACAUAUAUGUAAUGAUUGUUUGCAGAUUUUUAUCCUUAUUCCAUAUAAUUCAUCAGUGUCUGUUCUAAAUUGGUUAUUCUCUGAUGGAUUGACUUAAUGUGUGUAAACUUAUGUGGGGUGAAUAUUUAAAAAGUGUGGGAAAUUAACAGACAAGUAGUGUCUUUUAAAAGGCGCUCAGCAUUGAAAUUAAUUUGUAGAAAGUUUGCCUUAAGUAACAUAACUAAAAUAUGGCCUUAUUACAAUAUACCUUGUUGUUCAUACAAAAGUAAAACAACAUUUUUUUUAAUGAGAAGAAGAUUCAAAAGUAAAGUUAUACCGAAUUCUUGAAUAAAUGCAAACGCUAAUCCAAUAUACCGGUAUAUUGUAAAUGAUAACUAACAGUAAGAUGAUACAUGUUAAAUUCUCCGUUUAUUUUUUUCUACUAUUGGGCUUAUAAAUCUUUGUUUGCUUAUAUCUAAAAUUGCAUUUGUUAAAAUACCCGUGUUAGAACAAUUUAUAGCAUGCUCAAACAAAAAUAGAUUAAUGGCAGCCUACUCGUUAAGAACAUAUAUAUAUUUGUUUUAUGCAUUCAUUUUAUUACAAUUUAAAUGUAAUCUUUUAUUGUUUUGCCAGGUAUUUACCACUUAAUAUUGUGUACUUUAUAAAAAAAAAAUUAUACCUGCACCAUAAUUGUUAUUGUGACACGCAUAUAUUUGCCACAUAAAAUAUGUUUUGGCUCAUAUGAAAGUGCAUUACAUUCAGAUUAUAAGAUUUACUGCAAAUAAUUAUGCAAAAUUAUGUUAAGUUUUUAAGUGUAGUCUAUAAUAUUCUUGUUAGUAUAUCUAAAACUAAAUAAAUACAAUCAUGUAAAUUGUCAAAAAUUAUAUAAUGCAACAGUUAAUGAUUCAUAAUUUCAUUUGAUUUGCUAAAUUAGGAAAAUGUAUGCAAUUUUGCAACAAUAUCCAUAUCAUCAAUAUUAGAAAGUCAUUUUAGUUUACCAGUUUCAAGGAUUAUAAUUGGUACGCUGGUAUAUGCUUAGCAUUGGUAUAUAUGUGUACAUUUUAACUUUAUCAUAAUAAAGAAAUAUAUAUUUAAGAACUAAAUAAGGAAAUUUUACAUUUGAAGCAAAUGAUUAAUUGUACGCUAUCAUUAUGUUUGUAUUAAACUGAUCUAUGUAGAUACACUAUUAUAAUAUUGUAUUUUCAAAAUAUUAUGCAGAAAAUGUUUGAGAUAUUGUGUUAUAGUGUUUUUUUGAUGUUAUUUGUAUGUGUUUUUUAAUUAUUAUCUUUAUGCUUUAAAGUAAAACUAGACAUAAAUCAGUUUAGUUAAAUAGAUCUUUUAGGCAGUAAACAUUUGUUAGAGACAAAUCUUGAACUUUGAAAAUAAAAUUGAACCUCUGUAGUCAAAUAGAAUAUUGCGGUUCACACAUUUCAAUGUGUUUAUAAUGUUUCAGUUUUAUAUUAUAUUGUAUAUCAUACUGAGAAAAUAUUUGAUAGCACUGUUUUGUUGAAAAUUGUUUCCUUCCUGUGAUGUAUAAGUAGAUGAUUUUAAAUACACUACCGAUGUGCCUUACGGAAA